UUGGCUGGUGAAGUGAGUGGGGGUGGUACGAAGGUCCAGCGACUGCCUGGGAUUGGCGGGCGCUGCGGUGAGUGACAGACAAGGGGGCGAGCUGCGCGACCAGCGGUUUGUUUUUCGGAGCGUUCCUGAGGUGGAGAACGGUGGCCGGACGGAGCGACUAAGGGACUGAGAGACUGGCGGGCGGGCGGGCCGAGCGGCGCCGCCAAGGCCGGGCCGGGCCGAGCCGAGGAGCGCCGGGGAUGUAGCGGGCCACCCUGCCCAUGCCACAGCGCCCGGCCGCGGGCGGAGCCGGAGCCGGAGCCUGGGGAGGCGGCGGGGGCCCCGAGCGCAGCCCGCGCCCCCCGCGCGGAGCCAGGCCCGCUGCCGUCCCCGCCGCCCGGGUCCCCGGCAUGCAGCUCCGGCUGCGGAGGUGACACUCGGGCCCGAGCCGCCGCCGCCGCCAUCGCCACCAUGGAUGAACAGGAGGCAUUGAACUCAAUCAUGAAGGAUCUGGUGGCCCUCCAGAUGAGCCGACGUCCCCGGGUGCCUGGAUAUGAGACCAUGAAGAACAAAGACACGGGUCACCCAAAUAGGCAGAGUGACGUCAGAAUCAAGUUUGAGCACAACGGGGAGAGGCGAAUUAUAGCGUUCAGCCGGCCUGUGAGAUAUGAAGAUGUGGAACACAAGGUGACAACAGUGUUUGGGCAGCCUCUUGAUCUACAUUACAUGAACAAUGAGCUUUCCAUCCUGCUGAAGAACCAAGAUGAUCUUGAUAAAGCAAUUGACAUACUAGACAGAAGCUCAAGCAUGAAAAGCCUUAGGAUAUUGCUGCUGUCCCAGGACAGAAACCAUACCAGUCCCUCUCCCCAUUCUGGGGUGUCCAGGCAGGUGCGGAUCAAAGCUUCCCAGUCUGCAGGAGAUAUCAAUACCAUCUACCAGCCCUCUGAGCCCAGAAGCAGGCAUCUCUCUGUCAGCUCCCAGAACCCUGGCCGAAGCUCGCCUCCCCCUGGCUACGUGCCUGAGCGGCAGCAACGCAUUGCCCGGCAGGGGUCCUACACCAGCAUCAACAGCGAAGGGGAGUUCAUCCCAGAGACCAGCGAGCAGUGUAUGUUGGAUCCCCUGAGCAGUGCUGAAAAUUCCUUGUCAGGAAGCUGCCAAUCCUUGGACAGGUCAGCAGACAGCCCAUCCUUCCGGAAAUCGAGAAUGUCCCGAGCCCAGAGCUUCCCAGACAACAGACAGGAGUUCUCGGAUCGGGAAACUCAGCUGUAUGACAAAGGGGUCAAAGGUGGAACCUACCCCCGGCGCUACCACGUGUCUGUGCACCACAAGGACUACAAUGAGGGCAGAAGAACGUUUCCACGAAUACGGCGCCAUCAAGGCAACCUUUUUACCCUGGUGCCGUCCAGCCGCUCCCUGAGCACAAAUGGCGAGAACAUGGGUCUGGCGGUACAGUACCUGGACCCGAGAGGGCGCCUACGGAGUGCGGACAGCGAGAAUGCCCUCUCUGUGCAGGAGAGGAAUGUGCCGACCAAGUCUCCUAGUGCCCCCAUCAAUUGGCGCCGUGGGAAGCUUCUGGGCCAGGGUGCCUUCGGCAGGGUCUAUCUGUGCUAUGACGUGGACACAGGACGUGAACUUGCUUCCAAGCAAGUCCAGUUUGACCCAGACAGCCCUGAGACAAGCAAGGAGGUGAGUGCCCUGGAGUGUGAGAUCCAGUUGCUGAAGAAUUUGCAGCAUGAACGCAUAGUGCAGUACUACGGCUGUCUGCGGGACCGUGCUGAGAAGACUCUGACCAUCUUCAUGGAGUACAUGCCGGGGGGCUCAGUGAAAGACCAGUUGAAGGCUUACGGAGCUCUGACAGAGAGCGUGACCCGCAAAUAUACCCGGCAGAUCCUGGAGGGCAUGUCUUACCUGCAUAGCAACAUGAUUGUUCACCGAGACAUCAAGGGAGCCAACAUCCUCCGAGACUCUGCCGGGAAUGUGAAGCUGGGGGACUUUGGGGCCAGCAAGCGCUUGCAGACCAUCUGCAUGUCAGGCACAGGCAUGCGCUCGGUCACUGGCACACCCUACUGGAUGAGUCCUGAGGUGAUCAGCGGUGAGGGCUACGGAAGGAAGGCAGAUGUGUGGAGCCUGGGCUGUACCGUGGUAGAGAUGCUGACGGAGAAACCACCUUGGGCAGAGUAUGAAGCCAUGGCUGCCAUUUUCAAAAUUGCCACCCAACCCACCAAUCCUCAGCUGCCCUCCCACAUCUCUGAGCACGGCCGGGACUUCCUGAGGCGCAUUUUUGUGGAGGCCCGCCAGAGACCUUCGGCCGAGGAGCUGCUCACACACCACUUUGCACAGCUCGCGUACUGAGCUCCCUAGGCGCACUGCUGCCAACCUCCCCUGCUGCACGGGCAAGGGGCGGCCGUGCGGCUCCGCAAAGUUGCUGCUUCUCCUGGGCAAUGCUGUGGACCACGGAGCUCCAGUCCAGCCAGCGUCCGUCUGUGCCCUGUCCACCACUGGGGCUCAGAGCCAGGGCGGGGUGGCUGCAGCCUCAAGGACUGGGAGCCCCCAGCCUACCAGACCCGAGAGCUCCAGCAUCCUAAGCUCUGCGUGGAGGGGAAGGGGCUAGGAACAGUGCAAAGUGCUGAGGGCCUUAUCCUCAGGGCUGUGUCCUGACACUGCAGUCAGCGCCAAAGCCCCACGGGCGUGGGGGCACAGGACAGACACGAGGGUCUGAAUAGUGUUACUUUCAUUCAGAGUGUUAUUUUGUUUCUCCUCCCAUGUCUGGAGACCACCAGGGCAUCUCUGGGCUGGAUGAGCCCUCCCCCAAGCCUGAGGUAAAGCCCAGCAUCCCACAGCCAAUGGAAGGCAGAGGCUGGGGCUGCACUCUCCCCGGAGCCCCCAGGUCAGCUUUGCCAGUCCCUGUCCUUUACCAAAGAUGAAUGAAGCAAAUGUUAUGCUGCCUUAUUCAGGGAAGGAGGAGCCCAUCCUGCCUGCCCCCAUGACCCUGCGCGUCCCCCCCCCCCCCCAGCAGGGGCCUGAGAUCUGGAACUUCCCCCACUUGGGGGCGGGGGAGACCCAGUUUUGUCAAUGCAAUUGUCUCUGUUUUACAAGUUGGAGUCACUCUUAUGCUGUACCCAGUGUCUAAACUGGAGACUGUGUGCCCUUGGGCUCUGAGUAUCCCUGUUGUGGGCUUGGGCCUUGGGCUGGAUUGGAAAGAGCUGAAGGUAAUGGCCUUUGUGUUCCUGACCUGGCGCCUUUUCUCCCACUGGAGCAGAAAGGAAGAUGGACAUCGUGGUGAGGGCAUCUGACCCAGCUGGCUGCCCAGAGUCCUGGGCGGGCUCUUCUGGGUAGCCGGGGAAGUUGGAUCAGGCUGUCUGUGAGCGUGACCCUGCUAGGCCAGAGCCCUCUCUGCCUGGUAGAAGGGAGAGCCCAUGUGAUGUCACCAGCUGUGCCCCAAACUACCAUCUCUGUUCCCUCUUGGCCAGCCUUGCCCAUCCCCAUCUCAGCUUCUUUCCCUUCUUUGAGGAGGAAUGGUAGCAGGGGUCGCGGAGCCAGUGUCUCCAAGCAGCUUAGAGUUGGCCUUAUUUACCUCAGCCUGGGCGCUGGUCCUUUCUUCCAGCCCCUCCCCUCCAGAAUGUGCCUAUUGCUAGAGCUCCUCCCGCCCAACACCCAGUUUCCUUGGGAGUUGUCAUUAAAGGAACAACAACAACAACAAUAACAACAACAAAGCCAGUGCCCAGGGAUGGGCCUCUCCGGGAAGCUGGGGGUCAGCGCCAGGCAGCUGCUCAUUGCCAGCCAUGCCCACUUCCCCACGGGCACCAGAACAAGCCAAAGCCUUCGUUGUAUGUUGACGAUGCACUUUUAUGAAUGUAGUUUCUAUCGCUGUUUUUAGCCUUUUCACAUCAUGUAAUGUGAGGCCUUGUACUUGUUAAUUUAUAUCUCAGAUCAUAUUUGAUGGUUUUUAUAUAUAUCAAUUCUAGAUUGUUACAGGUGAUGGACGCCUCAAGAGAGAGAAGAGAAAAUGAAAGCAGCUGGUUUUGCAGGAAUGUGUGUUGCACGGUGCCAGUUGGGCCUGGGCCCCUCUGUUUCCAUCCUUUUCCCCCAGGGGCCUCUGUCAGGCACCCCCAGCUCAGCCCUCUGAAGACAGUGAGCACGAGCUCCUGUCUCCACCUCGGCCCUAGCUCAGGGUGGGGACUGGUCCCUCAACUUGACCAAAGCCGCCACGUGGCAGCUCGGCCUCUCCACACCCCCAUCCUGAUGGCUGUAGCACUCUUCGUGGGCCCACACCCCCGUCCCCAGUCCCCGUUCCCCAAGAGGAAACAGCACGGUGCCGGUGCCAAGACGACUCUGUGUGUCCCAGCUUCAGGCUCUCACAGAGCCCCACCUCCUGGGGUCUUACAGGGAAUGGGUUCUAAAAGUGAAUUUGCAAACAGGCCAACAAACGCUGCACUCCAAAAAAAUAAGAGACCCUGGUUUGUUUUUGUUUUUGUUUUUUUUUUUUUGCGUGUGUGUGCCAAAAACUGUGGACAUGCUGGCUCAGCAUCCUCAGGACCAAGCUGUCGCUUAAUUUUAAUUUAUUGUCUUUAUAUUAAAUAACCCAGAUGACAAGUUGUGGGCCUAGGACAGCCUGGGCCCGAAGAUUCUGAAAGGCAGUCCCCCGGAAGCCCCAGGCUUGCUGUGGGAAGGGCCAUGCUGCCAUUUGCUCAUCAUUCCGUGGGCUAUGUCAGCCUUGGCCAGACCUACCUGGAGAGGCCGGGGCUGAGGACAGCCCACACUCCACCGCCCUCCUGCCCCUCCUUUCCACCUCAGCUCUGUGUCUGUGUCUGAAUUGUGGAUCGUGCAGAAGAACCUGCAGCCAUAGUUAUUUGACUAUAUCUCGACCGAGGGCUUGCAGUGCAAAGCCAGGCCAGUGUCGUGCAUUACUUACAAUAAAAGGGAUCAUUUAUACCCAAGGGGUCCUGUGGCAAUGCUUUUGGUUGGGGAGUGGAGAGAGUAGGUGUUUCCCCGGGAGGAGCCAGGUGUGGUGCCUGGUAACCAGCUUGGGUCCCUUAGCAGAGAACUUGAAAUGACUCCAAGAGGGGUCCUAGGAUGGGCUGACAUGGUUGAUAUCACUGCAGGCUCAGAGCUGGCUCCCUUCCCUCCUCACU